AUUCCUUCUGCUCUCAAUCUCAAUCUUGCUUCCUUCCCUCUCUUGUUUCAUUCCCACAGCCUCAAAAUUGUGUAAAGGAAUUUUCAGCUUGAUAAUGAUAUUAAGGUUGAAAAACUUUUCUUAAUUCCUUUCACAUUUUUUUUGGCGUGGGAAUGAAUAUUAAGAACCUAUUUGGAAUCUUUAGAAUAAACCCUUAACCAAGAUAACCAAUACCAUGCAACGCAGUAUGUAAACACAAACAAAAAGAAAAACAUCAUAAUAUAUAUAGUUUGAAAGAAAAAAAAAAACCACAUACAAUGGUUACGAGGUAGUUGUCUUCAAUUUUUUUUUUUUUUUUUUGAGGUUUUGGUUUUUAUUAUUAAGGAUUAAAGAUGGAGAGAUUAAGGAACAAAAGGGAUCAAGAAAAGAAAGAAAAGAGAUGGAGAAUGGUCGAUAUGAUAACGGGUAAUAACAAUAAUCCAAAGAAAGAGUUUGGUUUUGCAAAUGAAAACAACAAUGAUUCACCAACAGCAUCACCAAGAGGUGUAUUUGAGGUACCUAUUUCGGAUUCCGACAGCACGGGGAGCAGCAACUACAGCAAUGGAGGUAAACCAUCAUCACCAGGAGGAGGAGAUGGAGGGCACCAAUGGAAGGCUAUGAUUGAUGCAUUGAGGUUUAAGUCUGUGAGGAGAUUUUCUAGCAUUCCUUUGCUUGCUGCUAGUUAUGAAAUUUCUAGGAAGAAUUUGAGGAACAAGUUGGCUCGUAAAAGAACAGCUAACGAUGAAGAUGAGAAUAUUUUUGAUGCUGCUUUUGAUCUUGAUGGUAUUACAAAGCCUUCUUGGAGAAACUUUAGUUAUGAAGAUCUUGUUGCUGCAACCGACAAUUUCAAUCCUGAGAACAUGAUUGGAAAAGGUGGUCAUGCAGAAGUGUACAAAGGACGCUUACCUGAUGGAAUGGUUGUAGCAGUAAAGAGGCUAAUGAACAAUGAGAAGGAAGCUGGAGACAGAGCUGCUGGUGAUUUCUUGUCGGAGCUUGGGAUUAUUGCUCACAUUAACCACCCAAAUGCAACGCGUCUCAUCGGUUUUGGAAUUGAUCGUGGCCUCUACUUUGUUCUUCAAUUCGCCCCACAUGGAAGCCUUUCCUCUUUGCUCUUUGGUUCUGAAUGUUUGGCGUGGAAUAUAAGGUUCAAGGUAGCAGUUGGGGUAGCCAAAGGUUUGCAAUAUCUCCAUCAAGAUUGUCCAAGAAGAAUCAUUCACAGAGACAUCAAAGCCUCAAACAUAUUACUCAACAAUGAUGAUGAAGCAGAGAUUUCAGAUUUUGGAUUAGCUAAGUGGCUUCCGGAUAAAUGGGCGCACCAUGUUGUAUUCCCAAUAGAAGGCACAUUCGGGUAUUUGGCUCCAGAGUAUUUCAUGCAUGGACUUGUGGAUGAGAAGACUGAUGUUUUUGCAUUUGGGGUAUUGUUACUUGAACUCUUGACAGGUCGUCGUGCGGUUGAUUCAAAUAGCAAGCAAAGUCUUGUGAUUUGGGCUAAACCACUAUUGGACGCAAAGCAAGUGAAAGAAAUAGCAGACCCAAGAUUAGGAGAGCAAUAUGAUCCAAUUGAAAUGAAGCUAGUCAUGGCAACAGCUUCCAGAUGUAUCCACCACAUGUCCUCAAAAAGACCAUUCAUGGACCAGGUUUUGCUACUACUAAAGGGAGAAGAGGUAGCAAUGGACCUCACUCAAAAAACAAUAGCUCCAAGGUCACUCUUGUUAGAUGCUUGUGAUUUAGAAGACUAUACUUGUUCUAAUUAUUUGAAUGAUCUCAAUCGCCACAAGCAAUUAAUCAUGGAGAUAUGAUGAUGAUUCAUAUAUGAUAUUAUUAGAAUUGUGCUCUGUCUGUGGCCUUAUAGGGUUACAUGUUUAUAUGUGUUGAAAACUUAAAAGGGAUGAUAUCUGUUAUAGUUGUGUGUGAUAAUAAAGAUGCCAAUUAUGUCACAACAUAAGCUUGUGUUUUUCUUCAGGCAUGACAAGAUAUCUUAGGAUUGUAAAUUAGUGGCAUGAACUUGUAAUGAUCAUAAUUAGUCGCAAGAAGCACUCAUAGUUUAUUUAA